CCAUGGCGACCCCGGCUGCUGCCUCCUGCGGCCUGUUUGUUGCAUUUUGGUCACGACAUAAAGAAAGAAACCCGGGGGGAGGGGGCGCGCGCGUCUAGCUGUAGAGUGGGUUGCCCCCCCCCCCCCCCCCCCGUCUCUUUUGAAACCCAGCUGGGACCAGCAACAGGAACAAAUGUGAAUUAAGGGCUUGAGUGCUUUUUCAUGAAAUGGAGGAAAAGUGGUAUUCUACUGAAGCUCAUGGUGGUGGUGAUAACGUUCAGGAUGAACAAAAAAAGAGGAAGAGCGUUUCUGCUUCUAGCUCCUCGGCAUCCAUCCGCCAAUCUCUUGAGAACCUGUUGUCUAGUUCUUCAGUCUCUCUAGAUUUGAGCAAAAAGGAUCUGCAGCAUCUAACUGAAGAUAUAUAUAAGUUAUUAAACCUUAAAAAUCUAUAUCUGGAAGGAAAUGCCCUGUCGGUGAUUCCAGAGGACUUUUUUCAGCACCUGCCAAAUCUAGUUUGGCUGGAUCUGCGAUAUAACAGAAUUAAAGAGCUGCCCCCGGGAAUUGGAUGCCACAAGCAAUUGAAAACUCUGCUGUUAGAAAGAAAUCCUAUUAAAAGACUGCCUGUAGAGCUUGGUAACGUAAAUUCACUCACAGCCUUGAAUCUCAGGCAUUGUCCUCUGGAGUUUCCACCAACUGAAGUGGUACAGAAGGGCCUACCAGUUAUUUUAAGCUUCCUUCAAAAGUACAGUAAUCUGGAUGACUCGGAUCCUGUUACUCCAGAAUUGCCUUCUCUGCUAGAACAAGAAGCGAAGGCCAUUGUUAGAGAAUACAAGAGAAAAUACGACAGACCACCAGAUCGUAGGAAAGCUUUCAACGAUUUGUGGAGACAGAUGAGUUUCAUUAAAAUGCCUCCCAUUGAAAAGUUAAACUUGACAGACCUUGUGAAAUCGAGUCUGGAUUUGUCAGAUGGAUGGCCUAAUGAGGAGGAAAUGGUACGAUUUCAGAAGCUGAGGGAAGAAAUGAUACAAGAUGAAAGAGAAGAGUAUCUGGCUGACCAAAAGUUGUACAACGAAUCUAUGACUUCCAUUUUCUCAAAGAGAUCCAGGGCAAAACAGAGUGUCUCAUGCAAAUGGACCGUGGCCACACCCAGGGGCAAGAAGAAGUUGUUCCCGGCUGUUUCAUCCUAUGAUCUUCUUAUUCAGACUAAGAGGGCUGAAGACUGUCGAUUAGCAGCACUCAAGGAUAUGAAACAGAAACUAGCUUUAAUUGAACAGCGGAGAAAAGAUAAAGAAGUGCUUCAGAAAUGGAGGAGACAGGCCAAGUUGAUGAGAGAGAAGAAGACAGAGCUAUAUACAUUUUCAUCAGAAAAAAGAGACAAGGUUUCACAGAAUGCACCUUAUGCUACCGACGACGAUAGCAAUUACCAUGGCAAGCUAAAAGGCUGGGAAGUGCCGAACAAACAAGAAAGCCCAGCAGAGAUGACGCUGAAUUCGAGUCCAGAGAAAACCACUGAGGAAGCAAGACUUGCCAAAUACAAGGAAGUGGAAAAUCGUAUCAGGCAGCACACACAGAUAAUGAAAGAAAAAAGGAAAAAGUCAGCAGGAAUACCCUUUGAGAAUAUGAAAAAAGCAAAUGAAGACUUUCAAAAGGCUGAGGAACUGGAAGGAGAGCUAGCUGAGGUGAAAAAGGAUCUUCACCCAGAAUAUCGAUUCACUGCCUUUACUGGAGAAUUGCCACCUGCACUUGAUAAGCCAUUAUCAGUCACAAAACCCCAAAAUAUCUUUUCUAAAAUGACAUUUUAAUGACAUAAGAAUAUUGUUCAUGCAACAAGCACGUGAAGUUGCUUGCUUUUCAGUGGAUCUGUGUCUCACCAGACUUCAUAAAGUUGUCUUUUCUCUUCUC